CUGUCGCCACAGCCCAAAGAGCAUAGCCUGAUAUCGCCCCCUACAGGUUCCCCUCCAGUCACGCAGCUGACUGUAAAUAAAUGACCUCAAAUCUGUGCAGACCUGAAUCUCUUUGCUCAGCUGAAUUAUGCAAGAUGUUUUCUAGCUUUCUGGAUGACCAUCUUUUCAGUUAUUUGUAUUUCAUAAAACAGUCCAGAUAAAAACUGUUAAUACAUUGUAUUAUUAAUUAUCUUAAAGUCCAUACGUUAAUUCAAUUUCUUUUAAAUAUCUAAAAUUUAAAGGUUAAACAUUAAAUCAAGAGACUGGUGCUACACUAAGCUUCUAACUUCAUGAGUUUGCAAUCGUUAUUUUUAAAGUCAGUUGCUAACAUAAAGGUAGCUUCUAUCUGCUCUUAGUCUCAGGGAGACGGCCCAGUGCAAAGAUCCACAAACCAUUUCUCUCUACAUGCACUGUAUGCACUGCAGACCCCCAUUACCUAAUGUCCAGUUAGCUCUAUGGUGAGCAUUGGCUGUUAAUGAAAAACCAGCCUCCUCCUAAGCUAGUGUCCACUGCAGAACCCAGAAUGAGUUUACUUAUGAGAAAUUCUAUAGCACUCAGUUAUGUAACAGCCGGCACAAUAUCAAAGUCCUCUGACCUAUAGUUUGGUUAGAUUUUAUUGAUGUUUCAUUUACACACUGGCACACGUCCUCUUUCUUUGCCUCACUCUUUACAGUUUGGUGCUGAAUUACAGUGUGUUUUAAAUAUGGAUUUUAAAUGCAGCUGGCGUCCCAUUCUGGGUGAUUCCCUGCCUUUGCGCCUGCGGCUUCCGGGAUCGGCUCUGGAUCCCCGCGACCCUGCAUAGGACAAGCGGGUACAGAAAAUGGCUGGAUUCUAAAUUUAACAUCUGUGAAGCAAGGCUGAAAAAUGCACCAAGGGUACAGGAUAGACUGCUGACCCCCCUCCCUGCUCUGACCCCAAGCUUUGCUCUCCCCUCUGUAGAAAAAUGUCAAGUGCAGCCAAAGCAGCAGGAUAGUGAAGAGUGCAGAUCGAGCAGGACCCUGAAAGCUGCAGAAGACUGUACUGAUGCCUUUAGAGAUGUUAAGGUCUGGCUGUGGCAGGUCAUGUGACACACCGAUCGGCAAAAGCACGGCAGAAUGGCAGGAACACGCGGCUCACGGGGACUCAUGGUAGCACAUACAUGCGACACACGAGUCAGAAGAUGGACAAGAAAAAGGAGAACGGCUUUUCCUCAAAGAGCUCUCAGGCCGGCGACACAAGCCAGCAGCUGCCGUACACUGUGGAGACACCCUACGGGUUCCAGCUGGACCUGGACUUCCUCAAAUACGUGGAGGACAUAGAGAGGGGCAAGACCAUUAAAAAGAUCCACAUACAUCGGAGAAACAAGGGGCCCAAGUUCAGCACAUUGCCCCGUAACUUCAGCCUUCCUGCCACUAGCUACCAGUCUGGCUCCCAGCCUGAUGUGUGGGCAUCUUCCAGCUGCCUUGGAUCCGGUGGCAGGACCAAGUUUAUGGAGGUCCAGCAGAUCUUUGACUUCCAGGCUUCUGACAGCAGAUCUGCAGCCAAACCAAAGGCAGGAAGGACCGGGCACACAUCCAGGAAGCCAAUGGAUGAUGCCAGCAUCAGAGCCUUUGAUGAGCAGCCCCUGGGCAUUCCCGUCAGACCACACCUGCUGAGAGCAUCCAGCAUGCCUGCUACUGUCCUUCAGAGAAAGAACUCGGAGCUGGAUGAUCAAGAGCUCCAGGCCGCCUGGGAGCCCAGUGAGGAAAACAGCUCCUCCGAGAACGUGUUUUGCUCCAGCACUGCAGGAGACGGCAGGAGUCCUUCACAGCAGGUUAACGUUAAACUUCAGCAGCUACACAUAGCUCUGAAAAGGAUCAGAGAACUGGAGGAAGAAGUCCAAACCAUCCCUGAACUGAAAGCCCAGAUCCGGGCGCUUAAGGAAAAGAACGAUCAGUGCCUUCUGAAACUCUCCCAGAACAUGCGACAUGUGCCACCUGAUUCCCAGAAACAGGCUACUGAGGUUAGCAAGGCGUCCAGCCGGACAGAAAGCGUCGUAGCACAAUUGGUUUCUCCUUCAGCUCUCCAGGAAACUGAUCACCAAUUUUCAGAAUCCACACAGCAGGUACAAGGAGACCACGGUACAUCGUGUAAGGAUUCUUCAGCAGAAGCAGCAAAGCUAUUAGAAGUAAGGGUAGAAACCCAACCGGAACAGCGGGAAGAAGCAGGACACGCGGUUAAGUUACAGGAAGUGACUGCAGCUGUGAAACUGGGCGGCAACAUGGACCUGUUCACUACUGCGUCUCUGCAGGCAAAACUCGUAGCUCUUGAGCUGAAGUUUGCUGAAUCCGGCAUGGAACUCGAGAGAGUCAACGCUCUAUUAAGGGAUCAAAUGGAGGAGAACAGGCUGAUGAAACAACGGCUGAAGCAGAAAGAGGAGAAGAAGCUGGAGAAAGAAGAGAGAGACCAGAAAUCUGAUGACUCUGUGGAGACAAAGCUGCCAUCUGAUUACGUUCACACCUGUGAGGCACCAGGGAGCACAGAUUUAGAAUGUGAGGCUACAUCUGAAAAAAGGGCUUCAACUGAGGUAGAGGCUUGCUUGAGUGAAAGCUCCAACAAGCAGCUCGAAGACCUGAAGACGACCAGCACACAGACAGACCCAACCGAAACUCAAGAUGCAGGUGUAUUGGUGAAUGUCCCCACGGCUGAGAAGAUUGUGGAAGCCACCAUUGCCAUGUGUGACAUAGCAGUCAACACAGAUUCUGGGAGGAAAUCAUCAAGUGGGCCUACUGCAGAAGACAUGAGGUCAGAGGGAAUGGAGGGAGGCCCUCUGGAAGCUGCAUCUCAGCCUGAGGUGAACCCAGAGUGUGCGGCCAAAGAUCAUAAAGAAGAGGCCCAACCUCAGGGAGAGAGUGAAGAGGAGGCUGUGGAAGCCACCAUCAGCCAAUACGUCAGCAAGAUACAGGAGCUCCUGGAGAAGCAGUGGGCCUGCCUGCCCAGCAAGCCCCCAGGAAGCAUCCCCAAAGACCUGAGCUCAAAACUCAGCUCCAUCCACGCCGAGCUCGUCAGCACAGUCAGUGUCCUCUCCUCCAUCUGCUGUACGUCAGGACCGAACGCGGCACCCUCAAAGGACGGAGCCCUCAGGUCGAUAAUGAAGAAGAACAGCAGCGCUGAGCAACUGGGGAGCAGGGGCACCAAGAAGAACCUGAAGUUCGUUGGCGUCAAUGGGGGGUAUGAGACAACGUCCAGCGAGGAUUCAAGCGAGGAGGACAAUGCGGAGAUGGACGUCUUCGAGCCUGAGGAGCAGAAAGAGGAUGGUGAUAAACAGGAGACCAGCGAGACAGUGGAGCCCGACAAGGCCGCUACCCCCCCAGAACCCGACACGGGCUCCCAGACAAAGCAGGCGGGCCGGAAAGUGAUGGAUGAGAAGUUCCUGGCAGCUUGUCAUCGCCUGAAUGACCGCCUGGAAGAGAUGGGCUCUCCCGACGACGAAAUGAGGCAAAUCCUGGCCACAGUGUACAAGGAGUGGUUCCGUGUGUCGAGCCGCAGGGCGUCGCGGCCUGACACGGUGGCCCUGUACCUAGGCCAGAUUGGCGGGGCCACGCCCUCGCUGCUCCGCAUCAUCGUCAACCUGGCCGACGGGAACGGAAACACCGCCCUGCACUACAGCGUAUCCCACGGCAACUUCCACAUCGUCAAGCUACUGCUGGACACAGGCCUGUGCGAGGUGAACCAGCAGAACGAGGCAGGCUACUCCGCCAUCAUGCUGGCCGCACUGGCCGUAGCCGACCUCCCCGAGGACGUGGGUGUGGCCAUGCAGCUGAUGAGACUGGGUGACGUCGACGCCCGCGCCGGCCAGGGAGGACAGACGGCACUCAUGCUGGCAGCGAGUCAUGGGCGCGUGGCCAUGGUGCGCCCCCUGCUGGACUGUGGGGCAGACCCCAGCAUGCGCGACCGCAGCGGUGCCACUGCACUCAUGUGUGCCUGUGAGCAGGGCCACACGGACGUCGCCCGCCUGCUGCUGGAGUGUGCCCGCUGUGACGCUGGCGUCACCGACGAUGUGAGUCGCGUUGCACACGCACACGCAUGUGCACACAGAUGCAGACACACACCACGUACCUCAGAAGGAGGGGGACCCAUAAAGCAGCAUGGAUGUGUUAGGGUUAGGCAAGUGCCUCAAGCGCAAGUCCCACUAGUGAAAUAUCCCAGAUGCUGAAAUGAAUAAAACACAAACAUGAAAUGCAGGUUUUGAUCUUUGACAUAUAUAAAUGUCACCAUCUUGUGGACAAAAACUAUUCUUUGUCAUUUCACACAGUGCGAACAUGUCAGAUGAAUGUAAAGAGUAAAACCUCAGUUAUUUUACCUAUAUUUUAUUCUAUUUACUUUAUUUCUACUUAUUUAUUUCUCUUAAUUUAUGUUUUCUGUGAUUGUAAGCACUAAUACCACCAAAACAAAUCCCCAGUACAUGUAGGUGUACCUGACCAAUAAGGUGAAUUCUGAUUCUGAUCCCGACCCAAAGAUAAAUACCAGCCCCGCAUGUUCUUUGUUUCGCCUCUGUCAUCUGUCUGUCUCCCUCCCUCCGUGGCCUCCCCCAGGACGGCAACACUGCUCUCUCUCUGGCGACAAAGGCGUCCCACUCGGAGAUUGUUGACCUUCUGCGAUCCCACACAGUCAGCAAGGCCCUGGACACCAGCGUGCCCCUCUGAACAGUCGUCUCAUUUUCACCCCAUGGGGUAACAAGGCCUCCAUUCAGAUCACGUGGCACCGAGGCCAGCACCGCUAACCUUAAAAAAAAAAAAAUACUCAAAUAUCUGUGGACAUUCUGCUUGAGUCAUUUCCAUCGGCUGUUGUCCAAUGAGAAAUGGGCCCUUGUAUGCCAAUCAAAAAAAAAAAAAAAACAGAUGAGAAACUAGAGAGAGUAAAACAGUGUGGACAGUGUGGGUCUUUGAUGCUGCUGUGGCACCUCAAUUCGAGUUUUUUAUGCCUGAUAAUAGAUCAUUAGUCACACACAAUAACCUCCUUUCAGCACAAUGUUUCUGUUUUUGUAACUGUCCCUGUGUUUACAGGAUAUUUAUUGUAAAAUACUGUAUAUUCAAACAACCUAAAGGUUGUGGAUGUUUAUUAUGCAUUAUAUUGCUAUGGUUACUCCUCAAUCAUUUUCUUAUGUCACGAAAAGCUAUUAUUUUGCACCGAGCGUUCUUUAUGUAACAGUUGUGUGGCAGAUUAACAAGCGAGCAAGGAAACACAUCAUUCCUGUUUGUUUUAAGGCCCACAAUCACAAAUGCUUCCAGCAAGGGAUUCAAUAAAAUCAGAGUCAAAUUCUAUGACUCUCCAACUGUGA